AUGAACCUGAGCUAUGAACAGAGGUAUAAACUCGGCGUCAACGUCAUCCUCGGGGAUGAGAUGGGACUUGGAAAGACUUUGCAAGCUAUCUCCUUUUUAAGUUAUUUAAAAGUGUACCAGUUGUCACUUGGGCCAUUUUUGGUUCUAUGUCCUUUAAGCGUGACAGAUGGUUGGGUGUCAGAGAUAGUCAAAUUUGCCCCUAAACUGGAAGUCUUAAAAUAUGUUGGUGAUAAAGAACACGGGCGCAGUCUACGCAUGAAAAUACACCAACAUGUAACAAGGCAAUCAUCAAAACUUAACGUCAUGUUGCCUUUUGAUUUGCUGUUAACGACAUAUGACAUUGCCCUGAUGGAUAAGGAUUUUCUUGCGCAAAUACCAUGGCAGUAUGCAAUCAUUGAUGAAGCUCAACGACUUAAAAACCCAUCAAGUGUUUUAUUUAAUGUUCUCAAAGACCGCUAUAUCAUGCCAAGACGGUUGUUGAUGACUGGCACGCCUAUUCAGAACAACCUUUCUGAACUGUGGGCGUUGAUGUAUUUUUGCAUGCCAUCUGUCUUUGGUACACUGGAUCAGUUCCUUUCUACAUUCAAGGACAUCAGUGAUCUUACCUCAGUUCAUGAUUCUCCAAAGGUAAAAGAUCGACUUCAAAUCCUGAGAAGUGUAUUGGGGGCCUUUAUGCUUCGACGUACCAAAUCGAAGCAUAUGGAAUGUGGAAAUUUAGUGUUGCCACCUCUCACUGAGACAACUGUGUUAGUACCCCUUGUCAGCCUAGAGAAAAAGGUCUAUGUGUCAAUAUUGAGGAAGGAACUUCCUAAGCUACUUUCACUAUCUUCUGGAACAUCAAAUCAUCAAUUAGUCAAGCUCUUGUUUCUCAGUUUUGCUUUUUCCCUUCAUAGUGCUAUAGCAAGUUCUGUGAUACAACUGAGAAAAGCAUGCAGCCAUCCAUAUCUCUUUCCAGGUAUUGAGCCUGAACCUUAUGAAGAAGGUGAACAUUUGGUUCAGGAUUUUUUGGAGUUACGGAAGUAUUCUUAUGAGCGUCUUGAUGGAUUAGUUAGGGCUGAGGAGCGGUUUGCUGCAAUAAGAAGUUUCAGCAGCUCAUCAGCUAAUGUGGGCUUGAAUUCUGGAAAUGACCAAAAUGGAGCUUUUGUCUUUCAGAUCUCAACAAGAGCUGGGGGAGUUGGCUUGAAUCUUGUGGCUGCUGAUACUGACCACAUUUUAAUCCUGACAACAAAGACACACGGUGCUCCUGAAGAUGAAAUUCGUCAUGCGGGUGACCUGGGAAACAUAGUUGCUAAUGCCGAUGGAGUCGCAGAGGCAACAAUAGUGGAUCAGAUUCCACUCACUUGCUCUAGUGCAGUCAUUGGGAGAACCUUAGUGGUUCACGAACUUGAAGAUGACCUUGGAAAGGGUGGGCAUGAACUUAGUUUGAGCACUGGAAAUGCUGGUGGAAGAUUAGCAUGUGGUGUGGGUGGUUUGACUCCAACAUAAAUGCAGCAAAUGCUUUUGUAGCAGUCAUGUUAUGUGGAUGUUUGCUUUCUUCGGUUAGUCAUGUUUUAAAAAGCAUGAUCACCUACUGUUACUUGCUUUAUUCAGUUAGCCAUGUAAGCUAUGAAGCUUAAUGCAUGUUUGGAAAUGUAACACCCCGAUUUCG